GGCCCCUACAUAUAUGAAUUCCCUUCCACUCAUUUAUAUGUUGUAAUACACAGUGGUUUUGCCCAAUGAAGUCAACUUUCAACUCCUUCUCUCUCUAACAGGUAACAACAGAUCGAAGAAAAACAGAGGAUCUUAAACCAAAAAUGGAAUGAUCUGUUUUUGAUUCUCUGUUUUUCUUUGUUCCCAAAGACAGAAUUUUCACAAUGAAGUCAGAGACUUUAACGUUGGUUCUAGUGAAUCUUGCUGCGAUAAUGGAGACAGCAGAUGAGUCAUUGUUGCCUGGAGUUUACAAUGAAGUUGGUGCAGCUUUGCAUAUAGACCCAACAGGGCUAGGCUCACUCACUCUGUUUAGAUCCGUCGUGCAAUCUUGUUGUUACCCUUUAGCUGCUUAUCUUGCUAUGCAUCACAAUCGUGCUCAUGUCAUUGCGCUUGGUGCUUUUCUUUGGGCUUCUGCCACCUUUCUUGUUGCCAUUUCCACCACCUUCCUCCAGGUCGCAGUUUCAAGAGGUUUGAAUGGGAUUGGACUUGCCGUUGUCAUACCUGCUAUUCAGUCCCUUGUUGCUGAUUCAACCGAUGAAAGUAACCGUGGUAUGGCUUUCGGAUGGCUACAACUGACAGGAAACAUUGGCUCCAUCCUAGGUGGGCUCUGUUCAGUACUAAUUGCCUCAAAAACUAUCAUGGGGAUAUCUGGCUGGAGAUUUGCUUUCCAUCUGGUGGGUGUAAUCAGUGUCGUAGUUGGUCUUUUGGUCCAUCUUUUUGCUAAGGAUCCUCGAUUUUCUGAUAGUGAUAACACAGCCAAAGAACAUAUUGAAUAUAAGUCUUUUUCAUCAAAAAUGAAGGACAUGAUAAAGGAAGCAAAGUCAGUUAUGAGGAUCCCAACUUUCCAAAUUAUUGUUGCUCAAGGUGUUUCGGGAUCAUUUGCCGGGUCAUCUUGGUCAUUUAUCCCUAUGUGGCUUGAACUCAUUGGCUUCUCCCAUGAAACAACAGCAUUGAUCAUGACCUCUUUUGUAAUUUCCAAUUCUCUUGGUGGUCUCUUUGGAGGAAGGAUGGGAGAUAUUCUAGCCAAACGCUUGCCCAAUUCUGGGAGAAUUAUUCUUUCACAGAUAAGCGCAGGUUCUGCGGUCCCUAUAGCGGCAGUUCUGAUGUUGGCAUUACCUGAUGAUCCUUCCACUGCAUUUAUGCAUGGUCUCGUUUUUUUCAUCAUGGGAUUGUGCAUAUCCUGGAAUGCUCCAGCAACUAACGAUCCGAUAUUUGCAGAGAUUGUCCCUGAGAAAUCCCGAACAAGCAUCUAUGCCUUGGAUCAAUCUUUUGAGUCUAUACUGGCAUCUUUUGCGCCUUCUCUUGUUGGGAUUUUGGCUCAGCGUGUUUACGGUUAUAAACCAAUACCCAAAGCAUCAUCAGACUCCAUAGAGAUUGAGACCGAUAGAGAGAAUGCUGCAUCACCUGCUAAGGCACUGUACACAGCAACUGGGAUUCCAAUGGCAAUCUGUUGCUUCAUUUACUCAUUCCUUUAUUGCACGUAUCCAAGAGACCGGGAGAGAGCAAGAAUGCAAGCAUUGAUAGAAUCAGAAACCCAACAACUGGAGGAAAAUAAUUCUCCAUCAAGUGGCAAACAAUCCAAAUUUUGUAUUGCAGUCCCAAAAGAGCUGAAUGACGAGGAAAGAGAUGGAAUUAAUAAUAUAGAGUUUGGAGGGGAGGAGAGCCUCGAUUUGGAUGAUAAUGAUGAGAUGUCCCUUCUGAAUCGUCACCGGCCUGCUUCCGAAACUUAGAAGACAGAUGUACACGUCGGGCAGUCAUAAAAAAGGUUAUAGAGGCUUCAACGACUUGGUUCCUUGCAAAGGCUAUCCAACUCUUCAUGUCAAGCAGAAUUUUUAUUUACUCAGGCGCUGUAAUUUUCCAAAAUGAGUAUGUUGGCAUGUUCCACGAUGAGAAAUCUACUUUAAACCUGAGUCACUUGUGAAUCAGUUCUUGCUAUACGAUUUACAGGUGAUCAUAUAUGCUAAUCACUUUCAGUUCAUCA